UGAAGGCAGAAGGCUCAGUCCGUGGGCCUCCACCUGCUGCCCUGGCAGCGCAAACCGACCCCACGCAGCGGUGGCCACGAGCUGCCCAAGACCGGCUCGCCGGGCUCAGGCCCGCGUUGGUCGCCCCUCGGGGCCCCAGCGCCGGGUGCUCCGCCUCCCAAGACCGGCGGCGCCAUGGCGGCCAGGCAGAUCUGGGCACUGGCGGGUCCCGCGCUCUGGAGGCAACCUCCCGCCGCCCCACCGCCAGCACCUCUCUGGGUCCGAGCUGGGUUCCGACAGCAGCUCAGUUUAACCCUCUACUCUGCUAACGAGGGAAACUGCGGCGGCUCCGCGCCCGGCACGCCGAGUAGGCCGGAGAGAGCGGCGACUCCUUCGGUGAGCGAAGAGUUAACGGUGGCGGAGCGACGGAUCGCGGAGCUCCACGACGCCGCCUGCUCGGCUGGCCAGCUAAACUAUGUGGAUCCAGCUGCUGGCUAUGUGGUGCUCACUCAGAUUGCCCACUUGCAAAGAGGUGAAUGUUGUGGCUCUGCUUGCAGACAUUGUCCGUAUGGUCAAGUCAAUGUUAAAGAUCCAUCUAAAAAGAAGCAAUUCAAUUCAUAUUUUUAUGUUUGACAACAAUUUCAUCUCUGUUCUCUAACUGUGCUUGUAUUUUUUAAAAAAUAAAGCCCUAAUUCAGAUUUGCUGGGUUAUUAGUUUUGAACACUAGUUUAAUCCUAAAUACAUAUAUUAAAAGAACAUCAAUAAAAUGAAAAAGCUAA